AUGGCUUCUCAUUCCUCCGUCGCCUCCAACACUUCACCGUCCUCCGACAUUACCCCUUCCUCCUUCGGGUACCUCUCAUCCUCCGUUUCUUCGCCCAUAUCGAUCUCCUCCGACCCCGAAAGCUCCUCUGAAGCGGCGCCAAAGCCCAAUCUGAUGGCGUCGUACGAUGCCCUCGCUCCUCUGCAUUGGGACGCAGAGGAAUGGGACUUCAGCAUUUGGUCAGAAGACGAUGCAUCUCUGACCAGCGAUGAGGACCUCCAGGUCCUCCUCGAGGACGCCCUGGAUGAAGUCGAGGAGGACUCCUGGGACAGCGGCUUCUCCUCCUCCGUAGAGGACACCGAAGAUCUCUCCACCGACGAGGACUCGGUGGCAGGAGGGUUCCUGCGCGGAGGAUCAUCGACCUCGGCAGGCAGUGAAGACACCAGCUACGACGCUGGUUCGAGCAGUGAUGAUGAUGACGACGACAGCACCAGCGGCGGCAGCAGCGGCAACGACGGCAGCUCCAGCUCAUCUCCCCAGUCUAAGCGUCGCAAGAUCCUAGGGACCCACUGGUGGUAG